UUGACAUCAAGCCACCUUUUGUGCAGCAGGGAUAACCCAUUUAUUAUUGUGGGAUGUGGAAUACUUGGCUUCACGCCUUGAUCUAGAGCAGCAAACGGAAGACACCAAGGAAAUUCCACAGCCGCGAUGGGAGAGCACCGCCACAAUCUUCCAAGAAACUAUCCACACUAGCAAGAAUAAUAACGGGGGGAAAGCGAACUCAUUCUGAUAUCAGCGGCCAGACAGCACAAAGACGAGGCCAGUGAGGCAGCCUUAUGCGUCCGUCUUGAAAUGGUAUUAUGAGAGAGCCGGGUUUUGUUGUUUCGGCUCCUAUUCGGCCAGUCUGCCCCGCCACAAUCAUAUGAGGGGCAUCGCUGAUGAUGUCAGGGACUUUUUCCCUUGGUUAAGGCAGAUCCGGGCCACAGGCUCCAAGCCCAGAAACUUAUCCGUGGUCAGGUCCUUGCGAAGGGACGGAUGAGAAGAUUUGUAUAUUAUUUACUUCUGUAGUUAAAACUGUGGGACUGGGAAAUCAGCCCCAUCUUAUCGAUCCACUCCCUCCGCCAGCCACGACGCGAAUAUUUAAACAAAUGCAAACAUCUCCCCCGCUCCAUAUUUUCUUAGCGUAGGCACGCUUUGCUCUCGCUUCCCGCUAUUUCAUUUUAGCAAAAGGGAAUUGCUGUGAUAGGUACCAGAGAUCUCGAAUUCACGUCCUACUACCCACGGACUGCGAGUUUUCAAAAGCAAAAAUGGCUGAUCCUAAUGCAUCUCCUGGCUCUGGCCACCCUCCUCCCGCGCAACCUGGACAAUAUCCACCACAGCAAUAUGGUGCCCCUCCUCCCCAGGGCUUCCCUCCACAGCCAGGACAAUACCCUCCCCAGAGCCCAUAUGCGCCGCAACAAGGGCAACAAUAUCCCCCGCCUGGCCAGUACCCUCCACCGGGUCAAUAUCCACCCCAGUAUGGCCAAUAUCCGCCUCAACCUUAUCCCCAGCAGUAUCAACAGCCGCAGGGCCACUACCAAUAUCAACAACCACCGUAUGGAUACCCACCACAAGCUCCACCCGCGGGGUAUAAUGCACCACAACCAGGUGCUCCGGGAUACGGCGCACCACCCCCCGUCCAGAACCCCCCGAUGCAGCCAAAUUUUGCGCCAGGAAUCGCGAUGGAACGCCCAUCGAUAGGUUACACUCCUGGCCAGAUGGCCCCAAAUGACCUCGCUGACGAUGCCGAUGCCCUCCGAGCUGCCAUGAAAGGGUUUGGAACCAAUCAGAAAGUUCUCAUCAAGAUUCUCUGCAAAGCGGACCCCCUGGCUAUCGAGAGGCUAAAAGAUACCUUCGCGAAGCGCCUCGGACGUGACCUGAAAAAGGAUAUCAUCUCCGAGACCUCUGGCAACUUCGAAAAUGUCCUUGUCGCGCUGGUUCACGGGCCGCUCAAGCAGGAUGUAUACGCGCUCAGGAAAGCUCUCAAGGGCGCCGGCACAGAUGAAGCGAUGCUCAACGACGUCCUGCUCGGCCGAUCCAACGCUGAUAUCAACGCGAUCAAACAGGCUUACAUGGUAGAAUUCAAGGGCAGAUCCCUCGAAAAAGAUGUCAGCGACGAUCUAUCCGGCGACAUCAAGGCGCUCUUCAACAUCAUCUUGACCGCAUCACGGCCUCCAGAGAAUGCGCCAAUCGGCCCCAGCGAAAUCAAUCUCGCCGUCAAGGACCUCUACCAUGCCAUGAGCACGCUGAUCCCCGACGCCGCCGUCGCCACCCGCAUCUUCACAAGCCACUCAUACAGCCAACUACGCCAGAUCAAACAGCAGUACGACGUGCAGUACAAAACCGUGCUCGAGACAAAAGUCGAGAGCAAGUUCUCCGGCCACAUGAAGGCGGCACUCCUUGCGAUCCUACAGAGCGCCACGGACCCGAUCAAGCGGGAUGUCGAGGGCAUUGAGGCCGCCAUGAAGGGCUGGGGCACCAAGGAUGUUCAUCUCAUUGAGCGACUCGUGCGGAUCCACUGGGAUAGAAACCGGAUGCAGCAGGUUAAAACUAAGUAUAAGAAUGUAUACCACAAAGAGCUCGUGGAUAGAGUGAAGGGGGAGACCAGCGGCGAUUACAGGGCGGCGUUGGUAGCGAUUUUGGAAUGAGUAUGGAUAAGGCAUGGGGCAUAUGAUGAUUUAUUUUUACUUCUUAUUUUCUUCUGAAGGAUUCGUGGAUUCGUCCUUAUGUUUUUAAUAUGGCGGCGCACUUACCCCCAUUCCCCGGCCUUCUUCCACCCAUUUCGUUUCGUUUCGUUCCACCAUCUCCUGUUUUCAGUUUGAAUGACUGGCGAAGAGUGCGCUAUUGUCCGCGCUCUUGCUCGAUUUCUAUACUUGCCUUCCUUGUUUGGCGCCCCCUCUUAUUAACCAUUAUAACCAUUAUCUCUACACGAAUAUUGCCCCUUUUUUUUCUUCCUUAUAUUGAGCGGCAAGUUUCCGCAAAUUGAACAUGCACAUCAAAUGUCUCUAUAUACUUAAACCAGGCUGCGAGGUCAUAAUAUAUUUUUAUACCCAUAGCAUGUGUGUUCAGACGUGUAAACCCCUUCUGUGAAGAUUAUUUCAACAUACUCUCUUCCGUUACAUCAGAUAUUAGGGAUAUAUCGAGCAGUGAGAUACUGAUGGGCAGCAGAAUUGGUAUACGAUAGAUAUUAAAAAAAUGAACACAAAGGCAGAUAUCCAAAAGAGCAUUAACAAGAGGGGAA